GCCAAAGCCACAGAAACCGACAUAGGAUCGAGACGCGUGGACUGCCGAAACCCCUCACUGUUUACAACUUCGAAAAAAAUAAAAAGCAAUCACAAUGGGGGAUGACAACAAAGAUGAGGAGCGUGUGUAUGGCGGCUGUGAAGGCCCUGAUGCCAUGUAUGUCAAGCUGAUCUCCUCAGAUGGUCAUGAAUUCAUUGUGAAGCGAGAUCACGCCCUCACAUCAGGAACUAUCAAGGCUAUGCUUUCGGGGCCAGGCCAGUUUGCUGAGAAUGAGACCAACGAAGUCAACUUCCGAGAGAUUCCGUCACAUGUGCUGCAGAAGGUGUGCAUGUACUUCACAUACAAGGUCCGCUACACAAACAGUUCCACAGAGAUACCUGAGUUCCCCAUUGCUCCCGAGAUUGCACUAGAACUUCUCAUGGCAGCUAACUUCCUUGACUGCUAAUCAGAUAGAACUUCUUAUAAAAGAAGUUUAAUGUCUAAGGGAAAUAACAAGGGCUAUCUGUAAAUGCAGUUUUGAUUCAGCAUGUCCUAUAUUUGUUGUAAGGAAACUCUGAUCUGAAGUUAAAUUUGGAAGAUUGUCAGGUUUUCUCAAAUGUAUGUGAACACCACCUCACUGUAUUAUAAAGGACGAGUCAUAAUGGAAAUUCAAAUUUUCAACAGGCAGAAAAGGACUCUGAAAGACAUUCAUAAAUAGUGGUGUUAAUGGAUCACCAGUUAAUUUGAUCACAUGGGAUAUGAAUAUUUCAUUGAGUGUGUAUGCAAGAAUUGAUGCUAUUGAUAUGACCACUUGAUAUGUAUGCCUAAAUAGAUGUAAAGUUUUAAGCUAUCUUUGUCUUUUUUCCAAGCCAGAGUGUGAGUGACCUCAGAAUUAUUUAGAUAUUAUAAAACCCAAGAUGUAUGAUGAACAUCAUCAGUAAUUAUCCUGUUGUAAAUUGAUAUAUUUAACAGAGCCUAACAGUAAAACAAAACUGUUAUUAUUGUUGAUGUGUACAAUGUAAUUCGGAAUAUUCUUUGCAACUUCAUAAUGGAAACUUACUAAAAUAAUAUCAAAGAAUCUUGGUGUAAAUUUUGUUUUUGUGCUUAAGGCUAGCAAGUGUUUUACAUAUGAAAAAAUGUUUCUUUUUUUUCCCUAUUUUCAAUCUCCUAAAUCUUUGUUCAUAGAGGCAAAACUGACGAAAAAGUGUCAAUAUUUUCAUUUGCAUAAUUACCUCAAAAUGUGAGCAGUGUAUAUAGCAGGCAUUUUAAGAUUUUUCUUUUCUUUUCUUUUUUUUUCACUUUAUGACAGUGCUCUGCUACACUGCACAUACUGUAACUUAGAGAAUCUUUUGUGUUUUUUUUUUUUAAGGGAAGCUAGUUGUAAUAACUGGGUAAUACCAGUAUAUGCCAUUUCUGUUGUAUUGAUCACAUUUCAGUGUCAAAGCUGUAUUGUAAGCACAGAAAUUUUGUAUUUAUUUAUUGCUUUGAAAGUAUGUCUAUAUUUAAACUCCAAAGUAAUAGUUAUACAAUUAUUUUCUUUUUCUAUAUUUUAACUUGACAAAAAAAAAUCUUUGUGCUUUCUUUUAUCUCUGAGAUUGCUUAAUGUAAAUUUGUUGUGUUUGCAGAAAAGGAAAACAACAAUCAAAUCCUUUCAUGGUUUGCAUUUUGAUCGUGAUAUCCUUUUUCAUGUAUUGAUUCGUAUUCUCAAUAAAAUGUUGGUACUA